CGACCAGACGACCUCGUAUAUGCUGAGACAGAGUGGUCCUUAUCCACCCGAGCUGGGUGGGGUUUUCAUAGUAGCUUUCGUUUUGUUUGUUUUUUUUGACUGCCUACCUUAGGUUUUAUCGGAAGCUGGUUGCUUUGGGAUAAAAAGAAUCAAUUGACAUUUGUCAUCAAUUUACUAUAAAGAGGAGUGUGGACCAUUUUACCAAGUGCCAGAAUGGGGGCAUAUGACGAAAAGAAAGAGACAUGUGGGACCGUUUGCCUGAAAUACCUCCUGUUCACUUUUAACUUCCUGUUUUGGCUGGCAGGAGGUGUUGUGAUGGCUGUAGGGAUAUGGACACUAACAGAAAAGAGUGACUACAUCAGCCUGCUUUCCUCCAGGAUCUAUGCUGUGUCUGCCUAUAUCCUCAUUUUGGCAGGGGUCAUUGUCAUGGUUACCGGAGUUCUAGGCUGCUGUGCCACCUUCAAAGAGCGAAAACAACUUUUAAGAGUGUACUUUGUCCUACUGCUGUGUAUUUUUCUUCUGGAGAUCCUGGCUGGAGUAUUGGCCUACAUCUACUAUCAGCAGUUGAGUGAGGAGUUGAAGAAUAAUUUGAAAAAUACUAUGGUGCAACAUUAUCAUCAACCUAACCAGGACCAUGUCACCAAGGCUGUGGAUAAACUACAGCAAGAGUUUAAGUGCUGUGGCAGUAAGAACUUCUCAGAGUGGAGAGAAAGCCUUUGGAUCCGCUCCAAUGAAGCCACAGGCAGAAAGGUCCCAGACAGCUGCUGUAAGACCCCCACAGAGUACUGUGGCAAGAGAGACCACCCCUCCAAUAUUUAUAAAGUAGAGGGCGGUUGCAUCACUAAGCUAGAGAACUUCAUCUUGGCCCACUUAAAGAUCAUCGGUGCUGUGGGUGUGGGAAUUGCCAGUGUGCAGAUCGUGGGCAUGAUUUUCACUUGCUGUCUCUACAGGAAUCUGAAAGCAGAACCAUACUGAUAUUAAUGAGUUGCAAGCAGGCCUCGAAUAUAAUUUUAUCAAUCAAUAUUAGUUCACACUGAAAGAAGAGAAGGGUUCAUUUGAGAGAUUGCGGUGAAGAGAGAUGCUGAUACUAAUGAUAGCAGUCACAUUUAUUUACCACAUCAACUUUGCAACCAACGUGCCUAUUAUGAAGUGAAUCACUGUAUGUUGUAUACCUCUCUGUGUGGAGAAGAAGGGAUCUUGAAUUUAUGACAGCCUUUAAAUAACAACAUUUGCAUCAGUGUUUCUUUUAGUGACCAUAGAUGAAAUCAUAUUUAAGUCAUAUUUAAUGCAGGAAUGUAUUAUAUACAUAGCUUAAGUGUCUUUUUUAAGAACUUCCAGUUGUUGCCAAUGUUUUGUAUGAUUAUUUUUAUUGUGACACUGGUCUCUCUUUUUUUUUUUUUUUUUUUUUUUUUUUUUUUUUUUUUUUUUUACAUUUUAUAAAGUUAAUCAUCCUCAUCUUGGUUUGUCUGCCUCAUCUUGGUUUGUCAGAGUUUCCCACAGACAGAUUAUGCCUAGUGCUCAGACACCAACUCUGAUAGUCACUAGUUUCAUCCAAACUACAUCAGAACCUAGAGGUUUUAAUCAGGAUUUUUUUUUAAAUUGCAACUGUUAAAACAUUUAAUAUAGAAUAGUGAGCUUAUUAUUUUUAACGUACACAGCAAGAGUGCACUAAUUUGUUGCAAUUGUUUAUAGCUGCUUUUCCCCCUAAUAUGUGUAAUACCAGUAAUAAACAUCAAUAUUACAA